UUAGUUCGACUUAAGCCAAAAAUCGGUUUUUCAACAAAAGCCUCCACACUGCUCAAACUGGCAGUGUCCUCAGCUAAUGGGGUUAUUCCCGAAAAGCUUAGUAGCGAGCCGACAUUCUUUGGUAAAAUGGCACAACAUGUUUUAUACACACACUCAUCAACUGUUAACUAAAACAUGCCAUUCCGAUUUUGGUUGUCGUGGAGUGGGGCAGCCAACCACAGUCGUCCCUGUUGAGGAAUCCCUCGGUCUGAGGACGGGGAUUUCCUCGCUUGCAUGUUUUGUAGGCGGAGUUGUUUGUCACUUCCACGAGCAGACACUGAGAGGCUGAGACAGUCGUGGAACGUCAAAAGAGUGUAACCUCUGUAGCUUGUAAUUUGCCCAGACGUCUUGUGCCCUCUGUUUCUCUGCGGUUUGUCAGCUCACACGCUUCUUGUUGAACCCUGCUGCUUCAUCGCCUCGGCGUGGAAAAGGAUCAGCCGCGACCCGAUCCAGCGAGACCAGACCAAGCAGCACAAACUGUGGGUACUGGUCUUGUGGAAUGGCUUCUACAAACAAAGGAAACAAGGCCUUAAAGGUGAAGCGGGAGCCUGGGGAAAAUGGUACCAGCCUAACAGACGAUGAACUGGUGACCAUGUCAGUCCGGGAACUGAACCAGCAUUUACGAGGGCUGACAAAAGAUGAAACCCUGCAGCUAAAGCAGCGGCGGCGUACACUGAAGAAUCGAGGUUAUGCAGCAAGUUGCCGGGUGAAGCGUGUCACCCAGAAAGAGGAGCUAGAAAAACAAAAGGCAGAACUGCAGCAAGAAGUGGACAAACUGGCCACAGAGAAUGCCAGCAUGAAGUUGGAGCUGGAUGCUCUGCGUUCAAAAUAUGAGGCUCUCCAGAGCUUUGCCAGGACUGUGUCCCGCAACCCUAUCACUUCAACAAGGGGACCUAUGGCCUCUGUCAUAGGGCCACUUGUCCCUGGUAAAGUAGCUGCCACUAGUGUCAUAACCAUUGUCAAAUCCAAAGCGGAGGCUAGGUGGUAGUAGCAAAUGGGACAGGAGGCACAUUUUCAAGACUAAACUAAUUUGUUGAAUUUUAUCCUUGCCACUAAACUAACAGUGUGCUUCCUUACAAUAAGGCUCUGCAGGCCUUGCUUGUCAACAGACAUGUUGCAUUUGGUUGGUGUUUGGGUGAUACAAUUAAAUACUGUUAUUUAAGAUAUCACAAAUUGUUCCUGACCAACUGAACAAAGGAAGACAAAAUUAUGAAAUGGCAUCAAAUUAAGGCAGUUGAUAAGACCAUGUAUUUAAUUUAGGAUGCAUAGGUACCAAGUACAAGUCCUUACUUUUGGGUACUUCCAUUACUGAGUACCUUACUCCUCAUUCACUCCACAUUGCAGGAAGAGAAAAGAAAAAGAGGCAGCACAUACUUUGUAUUGCUAUGACAAUAAUAUAAUAACAUAACCCCAAAUUCUGAGGGAUGCAAAUAAGUUAAGAUGUAUUUAAACAAAAUGGCACAACUAUUGUGUUGUUUUGUAGGAUACAAUAAUAUUGUUAUGUGGAAAUAUGUGGAAGUUAAUGAUCAGUUUAUAGUGAUCUUAUACCAGAGCUUCCAAUAUAACAAAAUUCCUCAAAAAUUUCUGAAUUUGAAAUUUGAAUCCUGAAUGAUAUUGCCAUGUGUUGUGCGAACAGUGAAAUCCAAUCCAAUCAAAACCAAAAUCUUUAAACAAGCUUUUACUGUUUGAAUUGAUAUAGUGUAUAGAACUUUGUCUAAUGUUGACGUCUUACAUUUUAUCAUGAAGUAGAUUCCUUUGUUUAUAGGAAUACAGAAAAAGAAAAAAAUCUUGUCAUAUCUUUUUUAGCAGUUGUACCGACAGUGGCCUAAUAUUGAAGUCUGAUAGCUUUUCUAGUGAUUAGGCUCCUUUUCUGGGGUAGUGGUCAUCAGUUGGUGUCAUCGCUACUAAUGCUUCUUACUAUUUAAAACAAAUGUGUAGAGCUGAACUCAAUGGUGUAAACUGUCUCUGUGCAUAUUUCCAUCUAUGAUAUCCCCUGCUCCUUUUGUGUUGAGUACAAAUCAUAUUGCCAUUAAGAAUGAACCAUUUUUUAGCCCUGUUAGACAGAAUUUGGUGAAAUAGCAUGAUAAAAAAAAAGAAGAAAAAACUCAAAAGACUAUUAAAGUUUAUAGUGAUACUGAAUAGUUGUGCUGGUAAACGUAAAUUGAUUUAUUAUUAUCACAAAGAUUUCAUGACUCAUAUAUAACCACUUAUUUGGCCUGUAACUGCUUGUCUAGAGGUUCCCUGGAACCUUUCCCUGCUGUCAUUGGGUGUGCGGUUGGGUACACCCUGGACAGGUCAUCAUUGCAGACAGACACUGACACUGAAAGACAGACAAACAGUCAUGCUCAUAUCCUACAGCCUAUUUGCAAUCACCAAUUAACCUAACCUAACCUCCGGUGGGAGGAAGCUGAAGCAGCCAGAGAAAACCCAUGCAGACAUAAGCAUGCAAAGUCCCCACAGAAAACCUAAGUCAACUGAUGGAUUCACACCCACAACCAUAUUACUGAGAUGCAUCAGUGCUACACCACUGUGCUAUCCUGAUCUGAAUGAGCUAGUAGCAAUCAGAUAAAUAAGCCUUAAAAUUAAUCUUUUGACCAACUAAAAAGCUUUUUUUGUACCUGUAAUUCUCGUUGACAUAUGUUGCUGUUUCUUAAGAUGGUAACUAUAGGACAGCAUCAGUGAACUGUCUCUUUUAUAAAUUGAACUAAUAAAUUUAACAGUGAGCGUUAGAUUAAGUUUGGUAUGGUUUGAUUGAGGCUUUCCUUGUGCAUGUGAUUUGCAUAUUUUACUCAGGAUAAACAGAUCAUUAAAAAUGAACAAACCAUUGCACACAAGAAGCAAGGAGACAAGGAUGGCAGUUGUACUUUUCUCUACCCUGCACUGCAGGGCUUUGCUCUAGCACGACCACAAAAGAGAACAAUUAACAACAAAUCUAGUGCCUAGAGUUGCAUUGUUUCCUCUCUUCCAUACCUCAAGGUGAAAGCUGAUGUGUAGUGCUAUUAACAGAAUACACUUCAUCCAGAUCUUCCCCUCCUGCUGACCAUCUCACAUAUUUGAGUGUUGUUGAUAUGCACUACCAGUGAAACAUUUGGACACACUCACUGAAUUGAAUGAGAAGGUACAAUUACCUUCAAAACUAUGACUGACCAAAACUCCUUGCCAGAGGUAAUAGUUGUAAUGGUUGUACUUUGUGUAGGAAAAUCCAGACUUAGAUUAGUCAACAUACUUAGCUAUUUGCAUUGACUUGUUCACCACAACAAAAAUAUGUCUAACUCUUGGCAUAGCCUAAUAUUGAUGUUAGCAAUGAAGCUGUAGCUAUCUUGUGGAAUGAAACGUUUCAGUUUGAGGCGUCUUUAAUGUGUUUGCGUGGCAGUACUGACUAAUCUCUCUCUUUAUCACAAAUACAAGUGCAUUGUAUUAUUGCCACAUUAGGUGUCAAUAAUUAUUGUGAAACAACCCUUGAUAUGCAAACUCAGUGGAAAGGAAAAAAGUAGAUGUAAGAAUAAUCAGUAUUGUCAAAGUUACUAUGGGGUGUUAUUUAAUAAUUCUUGCUAUUGUUCGAUUUGUUCCUUAUUUGUUGUUUUUUGUUGUUGUUUUAUAUUAGGAUUUUUUAAAUUUAAUUUAUUUAUUUAUUUAUUUUUUUACCUCAGAUUUCAAGUCCCUACAUAGAAGUGUAAUUGGUCAUUGUUGGUCCAAAUAACAUGUUAAAACUGUAACAGUGGAAAAUGUUUUAAUCAUGGGACUAAUGCAAUCCGGUCUGACUCAUUUACUCUGGUCUUAAAUUAGUUGUAAUUACAUAGAUACAGACUGAAAGAUACUGCAAAGAUAUUGAUGUUUGUGCACAAAGUGCAGUUGAUUUGACAAUUCAUUCUGUCAAAAGGGUCACUUGCAAUAUAUUUUGUGUGUAUGUGAGUGUUUGUAUGAUUAAGGAUCCUCUGCUGCUACACUAGUCAGUAAUGUUUUGCAUCAACUAUUGCAUUAGUGUUUGUGUUACAUGUUGUGUAUUUGAAAUUCACUUAAUUAAUUUUUUGAAUUUA